UAGAUUUUCAAUUGGUUGUUCCGCCCACUACUUUCUUUUUCCAGAAAGUCAGAAGUAGGAGAAUUCAAAGAUCCAGCGGUGGUGCCGGAACCUCAUUAAAAAAUUCCCCUUUGUGAUUUCUUCAAGUGCUCCAAGAAUCAAGAUACGAGUAAUAGUCAACAAGUGCUUCAUUCUGCCCAGUAGUUCAGUUCCAGAGCGUAUUCAGUUAAUUGCACUGAGGAAAUCAGCAAAAAAAGAUGAGUCCUUGCGUCAAGCUCCUUCAACCCCAGCUUAAUCAGGGCUUCAAAAUCCAUCACCCUUCACUCCCCAAACCCCUCCCUUGCAUUAAUCUUGAAUUUCAUUACCCAUUUCUUUCUCUUCCCAGAAAAUCCUUCAACUCUUCAGCUAGGAGUUCAAGAUUACCUGUUAGCAGAUGUGUAUCAGAGAAUCUCUCAGAUUCAAUUAGGCCGGAAUCGUUGUCUAAUUAUGCAGCUGAAUCAUCUGAGAUUUUUAAGCCAAAGGAGAAUUCUUUCCUGACGGUCUUGAGGGGUGCUAACGCCAUCCUGCCACAUGUCGUUCUUGGUAGUACAAUUUUGGCUCUCGUCUAUCCGCCUUCUUUCACGUGGUUUACUAGCAGGUAUUAUGCCCCUGCAUUGGGGUUUUUGAUGUUUGCGGUUGGAGUCAAUUCAAGUGAAAAGGAUUUCCUGGAAGCAUUCAACAGACCCGGGGCAAUUUUAGCUGGUUAUAUUGGCCAAUUUGUUGUGAAGCCCCUACUUGGCUAUCUAUUUGGUACAAUUGCAAUAGCGGCAUUUGGUCUGCCGACUUCCUUAGCUGCGGGGAUUAUGUUGACUUCAUGUGUCAGUGGUGCACAGCUCUCCAACUAUGCCACUUUUCUAACCGAUCCACCGAUGGCUCCUCUUAGUAUCGUGAUGACAUCGUUAUCUACGGCUACUGCAGCCCUUGUCACGCCAUUCCUAUCGUUAUUGUUGAUCGGGAAAAGAUUGCCGGUUGACGUAAUAGGAAUGAUUUCCAAUAUUAUUCAGAUCGUAGUUGUACCCGUUGCUGCUGGCUUGCUUCUGAAUAGAUUCUUUCCCCAGGUUUGUAACGCCAUUAGGCCGUUUUUGCCCCCCUUAUCGGUGUUUGUGACUUCUCUCUGCGUUGGAGCUCCACUUGCAAUCAACAUACAGUCCGUUGUAUCCCCGUCUGGAUUAUCAGUUUUAUUGCUUGUGAUCGCAUUUCAUUUGUCAGCGUUUAUUUCCGGUUACACCCUUGCCGGUGCCGCCUUCCGUGAUGCUCCAGAUGUGAAACCUCUGCAGAGAACACUGUCCUACGAAACAGGGAUGCAGAGCAGUCUUCUGGCCCUUGCGCUCGCAAAUAAGUUUUUCCAAGAUCCUCUCGUUGGUGUACCCCCGGCUAUUUCUGUUGUGAUAAUGUCGCUAAUGGGCUUCUCUCUUGUAAUGUUUUGGAACAAGAACAAAAGCACUAAUGUUUGACAACAUUAGCAUGUUUGACAACUUCAUAUAUAGUGAUUUGAUCAAUCCUUCUUGACCAUUAGUCUUAUAUUAAGGCAUUUUUGAGAUUGUAAAAUGUUUUAGAGGAGAACUGCAUGAACCCAACAUACUAAUUGCUGUAUAGAGUGAGUUGAUCAAUCUAGCUUUUUUACCAUUUAGUCUUUCAUUUUUCA